AUGGCCCCAAAAAAAGUUUUACUCGCUCUUACCUCAUAUAACGAUGUAUUCUACAGUGACGGCGCCAAGACCGGUGUUUUUGUUGUAGAAGCCUUACAUCCCUUCAACACAUUCCGAAAAGAAGGUUUUGAAGUCGAUUUUGUAUCUGAAACCGGAAAAUUUGGUUGGGAUGAGCAUUCCUUAGCCAAAGAUUUUCUAAAUGGUCAAGACGAAACGGAUUUUAAAAAUAAAGACUCAGAUUUCAACAAGACAUUGGCUAAAAUUAAGACACCAAAAGAGGUGAAUGCCGAUGAUUACCAAAUUUUUUUUGCAUCUGCAGGCCACGGUACCUUAUUUGACUAUCCUAAGGCUAAAGACUUGCAGGACAUUGCUUCCGAAAUUUAUGCUAACGGUGGUGUUGUCGCAGCUGUUUGUCACGGUCCUGCUAUUUUUGAUGGGUUAACAGACAAAAAAACAGGAAGACCAUUGAUCGAAGGUAAAUCUAUCACCGGUUUUACUGAUGUUGGUGAAACCAUUUUGGGUGUUGAUAGUAUUUUGAAAGCCAAGAAUUUGGCAACCGUUGAAGAUGUUGCUAAAAAAUAUGGCGCUAAGUAUUUAGCUCCGGUUGGGCCCUGGGAUGAUUACUCUAUUACUGACGGAAGACUGGUAACAGGUGUGAAUCCUGCUUCUGCGCACUCCACUGCCGUAAGAUCCAUCGACGCUUUAAAAAACUGA